AUGAAAAAAAAAAUAGAAAAUAUAAAAAAAUCGGAUGUAGGUAAGGAUAAGAAUAAUCUAAAAAAUGCUAACAUAGACAGUGAGAAAAAGAAAAAAAAGAAGAAAAAAAAAAAAAUAACAAAAGAUAAAAUUGAAAAUGAAGAUAAAAUCGAAAUAACUGAGAAAAACGAAUUAUUAGAGAAUAUUAAAAUAAAUAAGUAUGACGAAAAUGAAGAUAAUUUAAUAAGUAAGAUAAAAUCCUAUAUCAAUCAAAGAAAGGAUGUAAUGACAAAUGAUUUAUUAAACAAAUAUUAUUAUGUAGAUAAAAAAACGCCUUUCUUUUUUAUUGAUAUACGUAUGUACAAGUGUAUAUGUGAUAGUUUUUUGUGUGUGUCUCUAAAGGAUAAAAUAAUGUUAAGUAAUAAAAAAAGUAAUUUGUUAUAUGAACAAUAUUCUGUUUACUUUUACAAUGUUAUAAACAGUAAAUGUUUAAACACAAUUUCCUUUUUUUUGAAAGAAUUUUUUAAAGAACAUGAAUUAGAAUAUUUUGAAAAUUGUUGUGAAAUAAUGCAGUUGACUCAAUUAUUAUUUUUUAUUUUGUUAACGGAUUAUUAUUUCCUUAGUUAUAGUAUUAAAAAAUACUGCAUAGAAAAUUUUAAAACUCUUUUCAGGUUAAAAAAUUAUCUGUUUAACAAGUACAUAAAGUAUAAAAAUAAAAGUACAUUAAGUAAAUUUGUUCUGUUAAAUAAAAUGCAAAAUGACAACAUGAAAAAUGACUACUUCAUUUUUGAAACUAAGAUAAUAAACGAAAUACAGAAUGAUAAUAAAAUAGAAUUUGAUAAUAUGACUAUGCACAUAAUUUCAACUAAAAAAUUAGACAAGUAUUAUUUUAUAAGUUUAGUAACUAAGGUUAAAUCUUAUGAAUAUAUUAAUGAUUACAUUUUUUUAGACUUAUUUAAAAUUCAUAUUUUCACAAAUCCAUGUGCCUCCACAUCAUCAUUUAGCUUCUCCCCUAACUCUAUUUUACAAGAGUGUAACAAAGAAAGUAACUACAAUUACAGAACAGUCUUCGUUCUGUCAGAAGUUACAAAUUUAUUUCCUUCAGAAAUUAGUGAACAGUUAUUUUCCUAUACAUAUGAAAUAGAAAUUCCUCCAGACAUUUAUACUAAUGAAGAGCUUGAAAUAUUUUAUAUUGAAACUAACGAAAAGGUGAAAUGCUUAAAUUUCUGCGAUGUGGAUAACCUACUCAAGGAGGAGCAAAUAAAUUCAGUAAGUCCAAUAUACAAAGAGAAGGAUAAAAAAGAGGACAUAACAAAAGAAUAUGUUGACAGUCCUAAUGCUUACGAAAAUAGUAAUAAUAAACAAUGUUACAUCAACAAUAACAACAACAGUAGUAACAUCCGUAAUAAUAGCAGUAACAGCGGUAAUAAUAGUGUCCACAGGGACUACGAAAAAAUGAAUAUAGGCGGUAGUACAAUCCUCAUAGAAGACUAUUUUACCCAUGCAAAUGCAAUGAAUCAAAAUGAUGAUAAACAAAUUGAUAUAAGCAAUGAAGAAAAUCAAGAAAUUUUAAAGGAAUGUAAUAAAAUAAUCCUAAAUGAUGAAAUAAAUUUAGUUAAAGUUAAAAGUAAGAUUUUCACAUUAAAUAAUAAAAACUUUUUAAAAAUUUACAGUAAUAGAAUCAGCAAUUAUUACAUUAAUUUAAAUAAUGUAAAUAACUUCCCAUACAUUAAAUGGGAAAUUAAAUAUAUCGAUAAUAUAGUAAUUAUAAAAUUAAAAAGUAAAAUUGCUAAUGAGUUUAUUUUUCAUAUAAGCAAUAAUGGAAUUGUUCUAUUAGACAAUGGAAUAGAUGUUCUAAAGGAUAUUUACAACUACACUUUAGAUGUAUAUACCUUAUUAUUUUUAAUGAAAAAAAAGGGAAUAAACUUCUUAGUUACACAUAUAGAAAUGGAGAAGAUGAAGAAAGUAUGUAAUUAUCAUUUGAAUGAUGAAAAAACAGAAGAGAAUAUAAUUAAUGAUAUUUUGUUAUGCUUUCGAUUUAUUAACUUUUAUUCUUCGGGAAUAAAUUCAGCACAAUAUAAAACAAUGAAAAUCGCAAAAGGAAACGCAGAAAUAUUGAAGGGGCUCCUCACGAAUUCGUUGUACAUGGAAUAUGAACACAAUACUUGCAGAAUUUCUAAGAUGGAAAAAGAAGAGGACGAUAAAAAGUUCAUAAAAAAUUUAACAAAACACAGGUCCAUUUUGUUUUGUCUAUUUGAGUUGUGUGAAUUUAUUAUUUCAAACAAUAAAAAGGAAAAGAAAAUAUUAAGUGAAAAUAAUGCACAUGAAAAUAAUGAAGAUGAUAACAAAAACGAUGUAAUCACCUUUCAAAAAUUUUUAAUGAAUAUAUUUUCAUACAAUAACAUAAAAAAUAUUAAUGAAAUGGUAAAAGAAAAUGAUAACUUAAAAAAUAAUUCUUUACAAUCUGAUGAUGCCAAGAAUUUCCUCGAAACACAUUAUAACGAUGUAAUUGAGUUAAACGAAACAGUUCAUAAUCUUUAUCUAUUUUUGAAGCUGACCAAGAUAAUAUCAUUCACAGAUGUGUAA